AUGUCUUCUAACAAGAAUCAAAAAUGGUCAUCUCCAGUUUCGCUUACGAAACUUUUUUCUCGUAUUACACGUACACUUUCAUUUUCAUCUAAGAAACGGCAACAAUCAUUGAAGAAAACGAAUAAAGUCUGGUCAAAGCCACAAUCGAUUCCAACGAAUACUUUAUUCGCUCCAAAAAGUGUUCCUAUUAUUCGUCGUCAAGCACCACAACUCAUUGCACAAAUUCUUUACAACGAUAAUAGUCGACCAGGAAAUUGUUAUCAACAAGCUAUGCAUGUAAAUAUGUAUAACAAGAUUAAUUUCGAAGAAAAUGAUGAUGAUGAUGAUGAUAACUAUUCUCGCUAUUCACUUCAACCUAAUUUAUCACUUUUUAAUAUUAGCUCAGAUAAUCUUCAUUAUCAACGAGAAGAAUGUUAUGAACAAAUUCCUCAACAACAAAAUUGGCUAGACAAUAUUUUUCACUCAACCAAAAUUGAACAUUCUUAA